UUACUGACGUCCACCCACAUCUUACUGACAUCCACCCACACUAACUUCACCUAUGUACACACCAACUUCUCCCAGCUACACACCAACUGCACCUAUGUACACACCAACUUCACCCAGCUACAUGCCAACUGCACCUAUCUACACACCAACUUCACCUAUCUACACGCCAACUUCAUCCAGCUAGUCACCGACUUCACCUAUCUACACACCAACUUCAUCCAGCUACACACCAACUUCACCAAUCUACACGCCAACUUCACCCUGCUACACACCAACUUCACCUAUCUACACGCCAACUUCAUCCAGCUAGUCACAGACUUCACCUAUCUACACACCAACUUCAUCCAGCUACACACCAACUUCACCUAUCUACACGCCAACUUCAUCCAGCUAGUCACCGACUUCACCUAUCUACACGCCAACUUCAUCCAGCUACACACCAACUUCACCUAUCUACACACCAACUUCACCCUGCUACACACUAACUUCACCUAUCUAUACACCAACCUCUCCCAGCUACACACCAACUUCACCCAGCUUCACACCAACUUCACCCAGCUACACACCAACUUCACCUAUCUACACACCAAAUUCACCCAGCUACACACAACUUCACCUAUCUACACACCAACUUCACCCAGCUACACGCCAACUGCACCCAGCUACACACCAACUUCACCUAUCUACACACCAACUUCACCUAUCUAUACACCAACCUCUCCCAGCUACACACCAACUCCACCCAGCUACACACCAACUUCACCUAUCUACAAGCCAACUUCACCUAUCUACACACCAACUUCACCUAUCUACAUGCCAACUUCAUCCAGCUACAUGCCAACUUCACCCAGCUACACACCAACUUCUCCCAGCUACACACCAACUUCACCUAUCUACACACCAACUUCACCUAUCUACACACCAACUUCACCUAUCUACAAGCCAACUUCACCUAUCUACAUGCCAACUUCAUCCAGCUACACACCAACUUCACCUAUCUACACGCCAACUUCAUCCAGCUACACGCCAACUUCACCCAGCUACACACCAACUUCAACCAGCUACACACCAACUUCACCCAGCUACACACCAACUUCAACCAGCUACACACCAACUUCUCCCAGCUACACACCAACUUCACCCAGCUACACGCCAACUUCAAACAGCUACACACCAACUUCUCCCAGCUACACACCAACUUCAACCAGCUACACACCAACUUCACCCAGCUACACGCCAACUUCACCCAGCUAGUCACCAACUACUCUCAGGUACUCACAUCUACUCCCAGCUAUAAACCGACUUGACCCAGCUACUCACUGACUGAGCUACCCACCGACUUCACCCACUACUCCCAGGUACUCACCGACUUCACCAAGUAGCUAUCGCUUCGCGGACACAAGGAUGUCUUCAGAGAGAGACCCACCCCGCAUAAUGCUGUCAGUGAGAACUCCACGGAGAGAAAUGUUUUGGAUGAAAGAGAUGGAG